AUGAAAUCGUGUCAACUAUUUGCCCUUGCGGCUGCCGCCGUUUCGGGAGCUGAGGCAUACUACAAAGGUUUCAAUAUUGGUGCCAACCUGGCAAACGGCGCCUGUCGCAGCGAGUCAGAUUGGGAAUUUGUCUUCAACAAGAUCGCCAGUUUUCCAGGGAACUUCAAGAACGCCCGUCUGUACGCCUCCAGCGACUGCAAUACCCUAGCAAAUGCGGUCCCUGCCGCCAUCAAUACCGGAACCACGCUCCUAGUCGGUAUCUGGACCGAGGACGAUACCCAUUACGAGGCUGAGAAGCAAGCGUUAUUGGAAGCAAUUCAACAAUAUGGGUCUGAUUGGAUCCUGGCUGUUUCUGUCGGUUCUGAAGACCUGUACCGAGGCGACACUGAUGCCAGCACCCUGGCGUCACAGAUCAAUGAUGUUCGUGGCAUGCUUUGGGGUCUCGGAGCUAGCAGCAAGUCUGUCGGGCACGUUGACACCUGGACCGCCUGGGUGGACCCUGCCAACACCGCGGUGAUUGAGGCCGUCGACUGGCUCGGCAAUGAUGCAUACCCCUACUGGCAAGGCAUUUCAAUCGACAAUGGUGCUGCUAACGACGCAUACUGGGCAGCAGUCAAUCAAGUGCGAGCUGUCGCCGGCGGUCGCGACGUCUGGACUACUGAGACCGGCUGGCCAAUUUCAGGCGACGCUGUGGGCAGUGCUGUCCCUUCGGUCGACAGCUUGCAAACCUACUGGUGGCAAGUCUCGUGCGCAAGCUUCGACAGUCUGAACUACUUCUUUUAUGAUGUCGACGAUUUCGCUGCUUCGCCCAGCUUUGCCGUUGUCGACUCCAACUACGACCCUCUCAUCGACAUGACCUGCGGUUCGUAG